AUGGUGUUGCCUGGUGUGUUCAGCACCCUCUUCACCCUAUUAGACAAGACUCUUUUGGCUGAUGAUAUCUUUGCCGCUUUCUAUGGCCCCAAGGUAUCUGUAAAGCGCUUCCGUGGGGCCAUUGCCCAAGUGGCCAAUGCCAAUGCCGCCAUGGACUUUGAGAAUACCACUCGAGAUGAUCCGGUGCUCCACUUUGAUUCAGAGCUCAUCUUCUCCAGCAAUGCCUGGCUGCUGCAAACGCGCAAAGAGAUCCUUCAGGCUAUACGCUCAGAGCAGUACGGCAUCGCGCGGGACAAGCUGGGGCAGCUACUCCAUUCCUUACAGGAUUUCUACAGCCAUAGCAACUGGGUUGAACUUGGAAAUAAACAGAUCCAUCCAGAUCUGGUCCAACCAGGUCAUGAAAUCAAGUCAAUUGCAGAAGCGGACAUCCCGACCUGCAGCGACUGCAUUGACUGGACCUGUGAAGGAAAUCUCCUGGAAGACGUUGCUGCGACAGGCCUUCUGACUACGGGUUACUAUGGCAGCCAACCAGAAAAACCCACUGGAAAAUGCAGUCAUGGUGGGAGGUUUGAUGACAGCCGCCACGAGGAGCCCCGUGGUGGGAUUAAUAAAGACAGCUCAUCCCUCUUCUUUUCACCCCACCACUACCUACACCAGGAGGCAGCUGUUCUGGCCCAGGAGGCCACCAAGCACUUCUUGGAGAAGUUGUGGCAAGAAAUAGGGAACAAGCAAUUCAUGAGGCUUCUGGAUAUCAGUCCAGCCACAGGCCUGAGCUUUGUGGUAGAUACCACUGGAAGCAUGGGAGAUGAGAUCAAUGCUGCCAAGAACCAGGCACGAGAGAUCAUUGACCAGCGGCACGGCACCCCCCAAGAGCCAGAUUUCUACCUCUUAGUGCCUUUUCAUGACCCUGGGUUUGGCCCUGUCCACAAGACCAGUGACCCAGAAGAAUUCUGGAGAGUUUUUGAUGACAUCGUUCCUUUGUCUGGUGGGGACGAACCAGAAAUGUGCCUUUCUGCACUAGAGCUUGCCCUCCAGUACUCACCGCCAUAUUCUGAGAUUUUUGUCUUUACUGAUGCAUCCGCUAAAGAUGCUCAUCUCAAGAACAGUGUGGAAUCGCUUAGCCAAGAGAAAAAGUGCAAGGUGACCUUCCUCAUUACAGAAGAUCCAUCCAGGACCCGGGUGAAACGGGAGACACUUGCCCCAGACCGAUUCAAUCUCUAUGUAGACCUGGCUCACAGUUCAGGUGGGCAAAUCAUAUUUACAGAUGACAAGAACAUCCGGCAGGUGGCGAAAGUCAUCGGUGAAUCCAGCAUAUCUUCGGUGACCCUCUUUCGCCAUCAAAAGGGAAAUAUCUUCAGCCUUAAAGGGGCUCAUCGGAAGAUAAAGAAACGGGCAACAGAGCUGGAGGUUCACCAAUUCUGGAUUGACAGCUUGGUGGACAAAGUGGUUGUGACCAUCCAAGGGGCUAUCCAGGCCUUUGAAAUCUGGGAUCCUUCAGGUAACGUCCAGACAAAUAAAGUCCACAGUGGUCCCUUAGCCAAGAUUGAGUCCAUUGGUGGCAUCUACAGAGCGUUCCUUUCUUCCCCGGUCCAUGCUGGCAAUUGGACAUUGAAGCUUCAUUGCAGAGGCCAUUAUUCUGUUUAUGUCCAGGGUCAAAGCACCCUUGACUUCCUAUAUUAUUUUGCUGUUCCAGUGGAUGGGCGCCACCCAGGCCUGUUUAUGAUGGAUAGUCACCCUAUAGAAGGCUUGGCUACUUACCUAGUAGUUAUGGCGAUGGGUCUGAAUCAGUCAGAGUCAGGCUCUGUUCAGCUGCAGGCGGUGAACUUGGAAGGGAGGACUGGCAGCCUUGGGGAGCUGAAACUACAAGGAGGAGCCAAGAGAACUGACCUCUUUGUGGCAGAGCUGCCUCCAAACAUCUUGACCAGCAGCAACUUCUCCAUAGUGGUGCAUGGUGUAGAUGGCAAAGGCCAGAAGUUGGAGAGAGCUGCUCCUCAAGCUGCUACUAUAGUGGGAUCCUUGUUGGAGCUGAGCAGAGACACUCCUGUGUUCCCAGGGAGGCCUGUCUCCAUCACUUGGAAAGUGACAAAUCCUGGCUCAUCCAAGAAGUAUCAUCUGAAAGUGAGCAGUGUCCCGCAGUUUCCUGUCAACAUCUCCAGGUCCAGGCUACAGUUGGGCAUCAACCAAACUGCAAUAGGACAGAUCUCCCUAUAUGUCUCCAACGCUACCAUUCCUGGCUCUGUGAUCACUGUAACCCUGCAGGCUGACCUCCUACACCCAGCUGGAGAGCCUAGUUUCGCUCAUAUCUAUCUGCUUGUGAUGCCUCCACCUCCGGUACAGAUCCUCGUUUCCCCAGUCUGCGAAAUCGCUUCCACUGAGACUUCCUGUGGGCCGUCACAGUCCCUCUGUCACAGCAUGCAUUGGACAGUUGUCUUGCGGAUCAAGGACGAAGCUGGUAUUCGCUCAGUGCAAGCAGAAGGAGGUGCCAUUGUACCUCACCAAGCAGAUGGCUCAGCGGAGUUGAUCACUUACACCUCAGACUGCUGCUCACAGCAAGUCAAGCUCCUGGUUACCAACCUGCUUGGCGAAAGGUAUCGGUGCCAGGUGACAGCCCCACCUCUUGCUCUCCCUGACAAAGCAGUGGCCAAGCCUCCUGAGGUUGUGGUAAAGGCCGGGCUAGCUCCACCUCCUCCUAAAGCCUUGUUGUGGUGGACAUUGCUGACAGUCUUCUUGGCAGUUGAGUGUCUAGGACUGUAAGCUUUCAGGAUAACAUCUGUCAAAUGACACGAGGAGAGCUCUUCAGGUGGAGGAUGCAGAUCCUUGGUCGUCGAAAGAGCUGAAGGACGGCAAAUAGAAGGGCAGUUCCUGAGUUCUGGGCUCCUGUGGGAGCGGCACACUCAUGGUUUGCUGAGAUCCACAGCUGGUCAACAAACAGGAUACUAGCUUUCCUCCCAUCCUCUUGUCUGAUCAAAGCUCUCUUAAAUCCAGUCUUGAGCAAGACAUAGAUCAAGCACUCGUAUUCAUAUGAGUUUGUGAAGCUGCCUUCUGUUGAAGCAGAAGAUUGGACUUGCUAGAUUAGUAUUGUUGAUUCAUCGGACUUCUGAAUCAGCUGUCUUUUAGAAACAGGUUGCUUGAAGUCUUUAAGCUAGAGGUGGCAGGAUUGAAGCUGGACUGACUCCUGCAUGGAAAACAUGUGCACUAUCUCAGAGGUAUGGCUGUCCUCAAGAGAGAGCACAAUCGAGACCAGCGUGGGGACCGAAGCCACAAUCUUGCUGCUAUAACUUCUGUGUUCUGAAUUAGCCUUAGGAUACGACCAUGUUGCCAACCACAUCUGCAACUGCUAUGUAUCUGUGCUCUUACCUUUCCAAAACUGCUUUCUCCUCCAUUGACUUUUGCACCCUAACAUGUCUGCUCCUGUUCUUAUUCUUUCUGCUCCUGCAUAUCUUUGCAUAUGCAUUGCUUUUUGACCUUGCCACCUGAAGUUCAUUUCUUUUCCUGCCAUAAGCACGUUGGCAAUUGCGUUGUUUGCCAAAGUGCUAAAGGCAGAGGAUUAUUAUGCAGGUAGAAUGAAGUGAACUUAAUUGCAUUUCUGCUUAAUGAGCAACAGCUUAGACUGCAGCCUGAACACAUUUUAUUUUCAAAGAAGGAAGGAUACAAUCUCUGUGUUGUCGAAGGCUUUAAUGACCGGAAUCACAGGGUUGCUGUGAGUUUUCCGGGCUGUAUGGCCAUGUUCCAGAAGCAUUCUCUCCUGACAUUUUGCCCAUAUUUAUGGCAGGCAUCCUCAGAUUCUGAAGAUGCCUGCCAUAGAUGCAAGUGAAACAUCAAGAGAGGAUUCUGGAACAUGGCCAUACAGCCCGGAAAACUCACAGUAACCCUGUGAUUCCAGCCAUGAAAGCCUUCGACAACACAAUUCAGUUGCUAUGGCUUUAGCCUAUGGUAUCCUGGGAUUAGUAGUUUCUUGAGGUAAGUAGAAUUACCUGUCAGAGUCCCAAUAGUGGAUUUGUUUUACUGUAUUUAUAUACCACUUUUCUCACCCCUGAAGCAGUUUACAGCAUACUAAUGACAAAAUUCAAUGCCAUACAUACAUGUAAAAAUGCAUAAUAUCUAAACAAUAACAUAUAACAAUGAGUUAAAAUCAAUUAAAUAUAAGACAUAAGCAACAUUAAUACAUAUCAUUAAAAUAUCAUAAUAUAAACACUAAAAUCACAUGAUCCAAAAUCAUAAACUGUAGCCAUUCCAAAUUGUCAAUUUCACAUAUUCCCUAAUUAUUUUUUACACUGCAUUACUUCACUGAUCAAAAGCUUGGUCCCACAACCAUGUCUUUGUUUUCUUUCUGAAGGCUAAGAGGAAGGGCGCUGAUCUAACCUCAGUUGGGAGAGAGUUCAGCGCCAAGGAGCCACUGCUGAGAAGGCCUUGUCUCUCGUCCUCACCAACGACACUUGCGAAAGAGGUGGGACAGAGAGCAGGGCCUGCUCAGAACAUCUUAACCUCCGAGGUGGAUCAUAGAGAGAGAUACUUUCUCAGGAAUGAUUCCUUAGAAAGGUCCCUCACCAAACUACAAAUUCUAGGAUUCCUUUGGUAAGUGGAAUCAAAGUGCUGUGACUCUGCAGUGUGAACCUCAAGAUCUUCGAAACCUCUUUUUUUGUUCCAAACUCUCACAUCUCAGAGAGGGUCAUGUUACAAAGGCUGCAGUUUUUAAACAUUGUCCAAGUCUUCAUCCUUGGUGAAUAACAUCAACAUGUUUUCUCUUGGUUGAUGAUCUUUUGCACACUGCUGUCCAAAGACUGUUUCCUGAAAACACCUGUUUAAAUUUAUAGAUGUUUGCUCAAUCAGGAAUGGACUCCUGGGGAGAAAAGUCCUUCCUCUUCCUCAAAGGUUUCUCUUGGCUUCCCAUUCUUGUAUAGCUUCUCCUUUUCUUCCACAACCUGCUUUGAUUUACUCCUGAAAUUUAUUCUUCUGACACAGAUGUUUGGUGUGCAGGAUGAAUGUUUUUGAUCUGUUUUGCUUUGUUUUGUAGAGAAAAUAAUAUUGGAGGAAUCUUGUAAAUAUUCUCCUGCCUCAUCAUUUGGGAGCAAAGAAUUAGUGAUGUAUAUAAGGAAUUAUCUGUGCAUUUACUACUAAGAAGGAACCCCCUGUGGCGCAGUGAGUUAAACCAUUGAGCUGCUAAACUUGUUGAUUGAAAGGUCGCAGGUUUGAAUCCGGGGAGCGGGGUGAGCUGCCGCUGUCAGCCCCAGCUCCUGCCAACCUAGCAGUUCGAAAGUAUGCAAAUGUGAGUAGAUCAAUAGGUACCACUCUGGCGGGAAGGUAACAGCGCUCCAUGCAGUCAUGAUGGCCACAUGACCUUGGAGGUGUCUAUGGAUAACACCGGCUCUUCGGCUUAGAAAUGGAGAUGAGCACCAACCCCCAGAGUCGGACACAACUGGACUUAAUGUCAGGGGAAAACGUUUUUACCUUUAUCUUACUACUAAGAAGGCCCCAGCUUUGGUCAAGUCCACUACUUAAUAUCUUCCCAUAAGA